GUCGUGACCCUGGGGACGGACGCCACACCCGUCUGUGCGCGUGCGCGCGCUCGGCAGUUUCUUGGUCUUGGUGCAGAAUAACGAGCUGCGGUCGACUUGGACAUGGAUCAUUUCCCGGUCACGCCUUCACCUGGAGGGCCAACAUCAGCAAGGAGCCCGGAUCCUGACCUCGUGACCCGCAUAAUGACGCACGGUCUGAGUCCGGACCACGAGGAUUUGGCCGCUUUGAUUGGAGGGAUCAUCAGCGCAGUUCUUCUGAUCCUCAUCUGUAUCAUCGCCUUGUUGCUGUGGUGUCUUUCCAGACAUAAGGGCUCUUACGUCACCGGAGAGAUGGAUGAUGACGAAGAUUCUGAAGAAGGUGAAUCUGUUGCUUCUGACGCGGCGCUCCAAAGUAAGCAAGCGCUGAAGGCCGGAGAUGACGACUGAGUGGGAAAAAUGAAAAAUACAGACUUUAAUUUGUAGUCAGGAGCUAAAUAUCUUUAAAG